AAUUUGAAACUGGAGCAUGAGCAGGAGAAAAACAAGAUCUUGUCAGAAGCAUUAGAGACAUUAGCUACUGAACACCAUGAACUAGAGCAGUCUCUGGUUAAGGGAUCUCCGCCACUCAGCAUCAUCAGUGAAGAGCAGUUCUAUGAUGCUGUUUCAGAUUCAGAAUCUGAAAAAUCAUUAAGUGGGUUUGAAACAACAACGGCCUACUCACCAGAGGACAGCAUGGAUUCAAGAGAUACAAUAACUUCAAGCAUGUCUGAAGAAAAGGUUUGUGGCAGCGGGGAGUUGCUGUCUAACGGAAUCAAAAAACACAGAACAAGCUUGCCAUCUCCAAUGUUUUCCAGAAAUGAUUUCAGUAUCUGGAGUAUCUUAAGAAAAUGCAUUGGAAUGGAGUUGUCGAAGAUCACAAUGCCAGUUAUAUUCAAUGAGCCACUGAGCUUUCUGCAACGACUUACAGAGUAUAUGGAACAUACAUACCUCAUCCACAAAGCCAGCUCACUUUCCAGUACAACUGAGCGAAUGCAGUGUGUUGCUGCAUUUGCUGUGUCUGCUGUAGCCUCGCAGUGGGAACGUACAGGGAAACCAUUCAACCCAUUGCUUGGAGAGACAUAUGAAUUGAUCAGAGAAGAUCUUGGAUUUAGACUUCUGUCAGAGCAAGUUAGCCAUCAUCCACCAAUCAGUGCUUUUUUUGCUGAAGGUUUAAAUAAUGAUUUUGUGUUUCAUGGAUCAAUUUAUCCUAAACUCAAAUUCUGGGGCAAGAGUGUGGAAGCGGAACCAAAAGGCACAAUGACUUUGGAGCUUCUUGAACACAAUGAAGCCUACACAUGGACAAAUCCUACGUGCUGUGUGCAUAACAUUAUUGUGGGCAAACUUUGGAUUGAGCAGUACGGAAAUGUGGAAAUAACUAACCAUAAAACUGGGGAGAAAUGUGUACUAAGCUUCAAGCCCUGUGGUCUCUUUGGGAAGGAAUUGCACAAAGUUGAAGGCUACAUUCAGGACAAAAGCAAAAAGAAACUUUGUGCACUGUAUGGGAAGUGGACUGAGUGUUUGUACAGUGUUGACCCAGCUACAUUUGAAGCUUACAAAAAAAAUGACAAGAAAAAUGCAGAAGAGAAGAAAAGCGGUAAACAGGUGGGCAAUACUGAGGAACCAGAUGAGAUGCCGUUGCCAGAUUCUGAAAGCGUGUAUGUUAUUCCUGGAAGUAUUUUGCUAUGGAAGAUAACUCCAAGACCUCCAAAUUCAGCACAGAUGUAUAAUUUUACUAGCUUUGCUAUGGCUUUGAAUGAGUUGGACAAAGAAAUGGAGAGUGUCAUUCCCAAAACUGAUUGCCGGCUACGACCAGAUAUCAGAGCCAUGGAAAAUGGAGAAAUAGAUCUAGCUAGUGAAGAAAAGAAGAGGCUAGAAGAAAAACAAAGGACUGCCCGCAAAAAUCGUUCAAAGUCAGAGGAAGACUGGAAGACAAGUCACCCAUCAUCCCAGAGUCCCAGAUGGUUCCACCAAGGCUCCAAUCCCUAUACUGGUACACAGGACUGGCUUUAUUCUGGCAACUACUGGGACAGAAACUACUUUAACUUGCCUGAUAUUUAUUAAAAUGCAAUAAGGAGCCUGUGACUGAUACAAAUAAGUCUUAACCUGUUUUAAUAUUUUCCUUUGUUUUACUUAUCUCCUGAAAAAACUGAUGUUAUCAAACAGAAUAUUAAGCAUCUCCACAGUAAACCUGGUGGUACAUGAUCUGCAGUCCCAGAGCUAGGGGAAUAAUUUUUCUGGCUGAUGGUGGGUCCUGUGUGGACAAAGUCAGUUGCCAUGGUUUUGAGCUGCCCUGUUUGCAGAAUACACCUAUAUUAG